GAGAUGUUUGUUGUGGCCGUGGAGCAAAAUGUCCCCUUAGCCAUCAACAUGCAGGUCAUUGAGGCCGUCGAUGGGGUGGUGCAGGACUUUUGUGCUGCGCGGCGCCAGCACGAAGGCCGGCAGAUGGGAUAUUUAGACCCGCGGCAGUUUCCUGAGGGGUCGGAUCUGUGGGUCCAGUACCGAGAAAGGGAACACGUGCGGCUGAUGUGGAUGUCGACCAUGGCCAGGGUGUUCGAGAUACGGUUGCUCCACCUGUGGGAGUGCAGGCACGGCGCGGAGGAACGCGAGGCCGCGCGCCAGGCGUCCCUCCGAGCCGCUAUGGAGCUUUUAGCCUUGGAAGACAAAGAGCAAGCCAAGGCGUCCAAGAAGGGCAGCCAGGCUGCACAAGGAACGGCCGAGCAGACAAACGGCACCAAGGAGCGAAGAAAGAGACAAAGACAACGAAAGAAAGAGGCGGCCAAAGCAGCUUCCGCCGAGCUCCUCGCGGCCGAAACGGGCGCGGAAGAGGGCGACCUCGACGAUAUAGACAUGGAGUUCAAACAGCGGGUCUUGGAACACCUCCGCAUCCGUGCUGAGGAGGCCAAGAAAAGCGGGGCCCAACCGCAGACGGAUCGCGGAAACGCCAUCCUCAAGGCCCUCUGUACCAAGCUGAAGGCUCAGUUAGAGUCUGUGGAUCAACAAGACGGCGGUGGCCCCGGGGGCAUGGGCUAUGCGGGCUGA